AUGAUGUCCUCUAACAUACUCUCGCGGUUCCUGCCACCUACCGGUUCACCCUCUGUCUAUGAGACGUUGAGGCAACAAGAUGCGGGCUCUGAAUCCUCCGAUAUCGAGGAGCGCGCUGGCCUCACCAUGGAGGAUCCACAAGAACACUUUAGUGACCGGGAGCUGGAGGAGGCACUGGCAGAUGCAAGGGACAGUGAAAUCACCAGUCCCAGUGCUCUUUUGAGCCCAGGGCGGUCACGGAAGCCACCCAAAGAACGAGCAUCUCCACCGGCCACACGCCGUCGCAAGCCAUCGAGGCCGAGAUGGAUGGCACCUGACUCAUCUCCGGGAUAUGAGCUUGAUGAUAACGAUGAAGAUGUUCCUCAUUCACUGUUGGUGGAAGAAAACCACGAAGAUGCAAAAUCACGGUUGCCGCCGCCUCCCCGGUCCCAUAAUCGUUCGGAUCAACGGCCUGCCAGUCCCGGUCCGUCUCCGCCCAACCGAGCCCGCUGGAACGAGCAAAGAGCUCCUCCGCCAUCCCAGAAUUAUGCUGGUCACACAUUAGGCAGGUUGUUUGCGGGGCAACAUCCGGCCCUUGCAAAUGUUGACCCUAAGAAAAAAGCAAUGUGGCGGUGGGCAAAUGUCGAGGAUCUGGACAAUUUCCUCAAAGAUGUUUAUACAUACUUUUUAGGAAACGGCAUCUGGUCUAUUCUACUUACUAGGGUAUUGAAUCUUCUGACAUUUGCAUUCGUUGUUGGGUUCUCAACCUUUUUGAUGAACUGCAUCGAUUACCCUAAGGUUCGAGGGAGCAAGUCUCUGGACGAUAUUCUUGUACCUCAGUGCACAGCAAAAAUGUCUAGUUCAUCCACGUUUUUGCUAUGGCUAUUCAGUUUCUUCUGGAUUGGGAAACUUUUCCAGUACUUGCUGGAUAUUCGCAGGCUCAAACAGCUACAUGAUUUCUAUUACCACCUACUUGGGGUUUCUGACGCAGAAGUACAGACAAUUUCAUGGCAAGAGGUGGUGAGCCGACUAAUGACCUUGAGGGACUUGAACCCCGCUACAGCGGCUGCUGUCUCUGCCCAGCACCGCAGAUUCUUAGGUAGUCAGUCGAAACAACGAAUGGAUGCUCACGACAUUGCCAAUCGCCUGAUGCGGAAAGAGAACUAUAUGAUCGCCUUGGUAAACAAGGACGUUUUGGAUCUCACCCUCCCAAUACCAUUCCUUAAAAAUCGGCAGCUCUUUUCCCGGACCAUGGAGUGGAAUCUUAACCUGUGUAUUAUGGAUUUCGUUUUCAACGAGCAAGGUCAACUGCGCACCUUGUUUCUCAAGGAUACCCACCGCAGGCUAUUGAGCGACAGCUUGCGUCGUCGCUUUGUCAUUGCUGGUAUCAUGAAUAUUUUUGUAGCUCCAUUCAUUGUGGUCUACUUCAUGAUGCACUAUUUCUUCCGUUACUUCAACGAGUUCAAGAAGAACCCUGGUCAAAUUGGCUCCCGUCAAUACACACCCAUGGCGGAAUGGAAGUUCCGCGAGUUCAACGAGCUCUGGCAUAUUUUUGAACGUCGCACCAACAUGUCUUACCCAUUCGCCAGUCGCUAUGUUGACCAGUUCCCUAAGGAUAAGACGGUUCAAGUGGCGCGAUUCGUCGCCUUCGUCUCUGGGGCUCUUGCUUCAGUACUAGCUCUCGCAUCGGUGAUAGACCCAGAGCUGUUCCUUGGAUUUGAAUUAACACCUGACCGGACUGUUCUUUUCUAUCUUGGGAUUUUUGGUACGGUUUGGGCUUUUGCCCGAGGCCUCGCGCCGGAAGAGACCGAUGUCUUUGACCCAGAAUUUGCCCUCCUCGAGCUAAUCGAUUUCACACAUUACUUCCCAUCAGGAUGGAAAGGACGCUUGCAUAGCGACGACGUACGCAAAGAAUUCGCAAUUCUCUAUCAAUUGAAGAUCGUCAUCUUCCUAGAAGAAAUACUCAGCAUGAUAUUUACUCCUUUUGUCCUAUGGUUUACCCUGCCCAAAUGCAGUGACCGCAUCAUUGACUUCUUCCGAGAAUUUACUGUACACGUCGAUGGUGUAGGUUAUCUCUGCUCCUUCGCAGUCUUUGAUUUCAAGAAAGGCACAAAUGUCCUCUCCCAAGCCGCACCAGGACGACGAGAUCCAACCAAACAAGACCUACGCACCGAUUACUUCUCCACCAAAGACGGCAAAAUGCUCGCAUCCUACUAUGGCUUCCUAGAUAACUAUGGUGCAAACCCGCAACCAACCAAUCGUCGCCAAUUCCAUCCACCUCCAACCCUCCCAACCCUUGACUCAGCCUCUGCGGCUGACUUUAGCGCUCCCCGGGAUCUUCAAACACGCCCCGCGCCCACUUCAGCCGCAGCCUUCGGCCCCCAAUCCCUCGUCGGAGCCUCUAGAUUCCGACCGAUGGGCGUGGAUUCCCGCUCCCCAGCCCCUUCUAUGCUCCUCGACCCUCACCACCAACCCUCUACCUCUGGAUUCCGCCCAGCGCCGCGUUCCAAUCCCAGCCAGCAUCAGCGAACCCGACUGGCGCGCUCACAACUUCCAACUGCCAAUUCCAUCGAUGACGAGGAUCCACUCUCCCAAGAAAGCCCUGGGUCAGCUACUCGACAAUCUGUUCCUCACGCUGGUGCCUCUAGUGGUGGCGCAGGCGCUAGUGAUAGCCUAGGCGAUUCAUGGCGUAUGAAUCCGCUCGGGAAGGAUGAGGAUGAAGCCGAUGAAGGCGAUGAGGGCGAGAAUCUCGAUGCUAUCGCUGGUGGGGCUGGUGUUUUGGGUUUGAUCCAGCAGUUUCAGAAGGCUAAUACUGAUGGCCGCCGCACAACUGUGGGCAUUUAG